UUUGAACAGAGCGCACGCGCGAAUCCACGCUCGUCCGAUGGUCGAAACGAAACCGUUCUGUGUCUGUGUCCUUUUGUGCCGAGUGAUCCUGUCGAACAUCCGUCCGCGGUGACGCGUGAAGUGUCUAGUUUUGGUUGCGAUCGAGGAGGCCGCAGUGAUCGAUCAAUCGAUCGUCGAGAAUUAGGUUCGCAAAUCAAUGAACAACCGUGCCCCAUUCCGCUAGACCCGAUUUGGAACGGUGCGAAGAGAAACGAAAUUGGAUUAUUCAGUUUUAUCGCGACUGUAAAUUUAAAUUUACGAUCAAGUUUUAUGGAUUAUUUUAUCAGGAUCAUUUAAUUUAAAAGAAGAAAGAACCCAGAAGAGAGAACAGAGCGGGGCUGAAGAGCACAAACGGGUCGAGCCGCAGCGCAAAAGAAACAGAUCAAGAGGUGUUUUUUGUUGUUAUUAUGUGCGCGUCGUCAUCGACGGCUUCGUCGCUGGGAUGGGUGCUGUGCUGAGGGGGAAAAGGAUUCGAUCGAGUUUUUCGAAAGUGAUCUCCGGAAAGCAAGUGAAGAAAGGAAAAUAAAUUGAUAAGAAAAUAAGAUAAUGUGGAGUGAAAUUUAUUCGCCUCUUUAAGCGUGUUGAUAAAGAAAAAAGAAAAUAAACCGGGCCGAGAGGUGCAGCGAACGCACCUAAAAUAACGAUCAUCGAGAUCAAAACAGAUCGAGUGAGGUCUCGGGGACCGCGUUUGGUGGCAGCAGGAUCCCAAGAAGACGGUGCAAAGCAAACAGUGAAACAAUUAUGCAAUCGGGCAUGUCCAACGCAAAUGUUCUGUUGUUUUUCAAAUUAGUUGUUGCUAAAUGAGGGAGUUCGAAUUGAUCUAAAAAGUGAGAACGAAAACAAAUUGGUGGGGCCACCGUUAGUGACCCUGGGCUUCAAAAUUGCAAGGCUACAAAGAUGCGUCCCUCGCCGGCCUUGCUGUCGGUCCUGUUUGGCACCAUUUUUGGUGUCUUCGGAGCAUCGCUCAGUAAAUCACUUCUAUCGCAAGCACCGGACGAGUGCCGGUGGUCCGGCUACAGUGAAGACGAUUUGACCCUCGUGUGUAGACUAAGAACUAUCAACAGUGAGCUGGAAAAUACGAACUUUAGUGUUCUUCAUCCGGAAAACACCGUCCGAUUACGGUUACAGUGCAACGAUGGGUUGUUCUUUCAAUCCAGUAUCAGCCCUGGCAGUUUCCGUCAGCUGUCAGAGCUACGAUCGCUCUCAAUCGAGUAUUGCAAAAUAGCAAACCUCAGCGAUGGUUCCUUUCGAGGACUGAAGGAACUUACCAAUCUGACACUGCGCACGCACAACACAGAUUGGUCGUCGGUUAGCUUGGAGAUCGCGCCGCAUGUGUUUAAUUCUGAGUUGUCAAAACUCGAGCAACUUGAUCUGAGUCAGAACAAUAUGUGGUCCCUACCGGAUGGUAUGAUCUGCCCGUUGACAAAACUACAAAACUUGAACCUGACGCAGAAUCGACUGCGUGAUUUGUCGGUGUUCCACUUUAGUGCUUCUUUAAGCACGCGACUAUCAAAGAAGUGUGGAGGAUCUAUCACAACACUGGAUUUGUCCCACAACAACAUUGACAAUUUGCCACCAGCCAUCUUCUCUGGCCUUGGGAAGCUAACGGAACUGAGCCUUCAGAACAAUGGUCUCAACUUCAUAGCCGAUCGCGCCUUGGAAGGUCUUAUAUCACUUUCAAAACUGGACAUUUCCCUGAACCGGCUUUCGAACCUUCCUCCAGAGCUCUUCUCUGAAGCCAAACACAUCAAGGAGAUCUAUCUUCAGAACAACAGCAUCAAUGUUCUGGCUCCGGGAAUCUUCAGCGAACUUCAACAGCUGCUCGUCCUUGAUCUCUCAAACAACGAACUUACUUCCGAAUGGAUCAACCCGGCAACCUUUAAAGGGUUGUCCCGUUUAAUUCUCCUGGACCUAUCAAACAACAAAAUAUCCAAACUGGAACCAUCCAUCUUUCGUGAUCUCUUCAGUCUGCAGAUUUUACGCCUGCAGGACAACUUCAUCGAAACCAUCCACGAAAGCACCUUCUCGGAAUUAACUGCCCUGCACACUUUGGUCAUCUCGAACAAUCGUCUAUCGAACAUUGAGUACUUCUCCUUUCAAGGCCUAAGCCGGCUAACCCUCCUCUCACUGGACUACAACCGAAUAUCACGGAUCGAUCGCGUAGCAUUGCGCAACCUGUCAACGCUGCACGAUCUCCAUCUCAAUGGCAACAAGCUACUGCAAGUGCCGGAUGCGCUUUAUGACGUCCCUCUACUGAGGACGCUGGAUUUGGGAGAGAACCACAUCAGCAAUAUCGAUAAUGCCAGUUUCAAGGAGAUGGUUCACAUGUACGGCUUGAGAUUGACCGAAAACAACAUCGAAACGAUCCGGAAGGGGACGUUCGAUGCGAUGAAAUCGCUUCAGAUUCUAAAUCUGUCGAAGAAUCGACUGAAGAAAGUGGACGCGGCCUGCUUCGAUAACAACACCAAUCUGCAGGCGAUUCGACUGGAUGGAAACUAUUUGACGGACAUUUCCGGGUUGUUUACGAAGCUGCCGAAUUUGGUGUGGUUGAAUAUUUCGGACAAUCAUUUGGAGGUGUUCGAUUACGCGUUGAUACCGACGGGGCUGCAGUGGUUGGAUAUCCAUGCGAACAAGAUUGCCGAGCUGGGGAACUACUUUGAGAUCGAGAGCCAGCUGGCGCUGAGUACGAUCGACGCGAGCUCGAACCAGCUGACCGAGAUCACGGGCAGUGCCAUUCCGAACAGUGUGGAGCUGCUGUAUUUGAACGAUAAUUUGAUUUCCAAGGUGCAGUCGUACACGUUUUUCAAGAAGCCGAACUUGACGCGGGUGGAUCUGUUCGGGAACAAGAUAACGACUUUGGAUCCAAAUGCGCUGCGGAUAUCGGCCGUGCCGGAUGAUAAGGCGUUGCCGGAGUUUUACAUUGGGGGAAAUCCGUACCAGUGCGAUUGUAAUUUGAACUGGUUGCAGAAGAAUAAUGUGGAUUCGAGGACGCAGCCGAAACUGAUGGAUCUGGACAGCAUCUAUUGCAAACUGUUGUACAAUCGAGGAAGAACGUACGUACCGCUGGUGGAGGCCUUACCGAAUCAGUUCCUGUGCAAGUACGAGACGCAUUGCUUCGCGCUGUGUCAUUGCUGUGAUUUUUAUGCGUGCGAUUGCAAGAUGGAAUGCCCGGCGAGGUGUACGUGCUACCAUGAUCAGAGCUGGACGUCGAACGUUGUGGACUGUUCCAGGGCUGGAUACGAAGAGCAACUCCCGGAGCAGAUUCCGAUGGACUCGACGCAGAUCUACUUGGAUGGAAACAAUUUCCGCACGUUGAGCAGCCACGUUUUUCUGGGCCGGAAAAAGUUGAAGGUUUUGUUUUUGAACAACAGCAAUGUGGAGUUAAUUAGCAAUCGGACUUUCUACGGGCUGAAGGAAUUGGAAAUUCUGCAGCUUGAUCAUAAUCAGAUCGUCGGUUUGAAUGGGUUCGAGUUUGUGGGACUGGAUCGAUUGAAGGAACUGCUGCUGCAGUACAACAAAAUAGCGACGAUUGCAAACCAUAGUUUCGAUCAUUUGCCUAGUCUGAAGGUGUUGAGGUUGGAUCAUAACCGGAUCGUUGAGUUCAAUAUGUGGCACUUACCGAAACAACUGACAGAUUUGAGGUUGGCCUCGAACCCAUGGGCCUGCGAGUGCGAGUACGUGGAAAAAUUCCGCGAGUAUCUAAAAACGUACGACUUUGUGAAAGAUAGGACGAAAGUGCGGUGUUCGGUGGCAAUCGCGGCAGGAAAUGACACUGCUAUGGUGGUUGGAGGAGCGGUGAAUGAAUCCGCCGUCGUGGUUUCUCCUGCUGGUCCGAGGGCGGUCCCGUUGGAUGGCAGUGGGGAGUCAACGUCGAUGGGAGCUGGUGGUUUCUUGAUUUAUUUGGACAACAGUACGACACUGUGCAGCGGUGCUGUGCCACUCGAUAACAUCAUCAACGGGAACUUGACGUCGCGUAAGACGGUCCUAUCUCCACCACCAAUCGAAGGUUAUAUCCCGCUGUUGGUGGCUGCGCUGUGUGGAUUCACGGUGAUCAUCAUCAUGACGCUUAUUAUGUUCGUAUUUCGGCAGGAGAUGCGUGUUUGGUUUCAUUCUCGCUUCGGAGUGCGGCUGUUCUACCGGAAUGCAGAUAUGGAUAAGAACGAAAGAGAUAAGCUGUUCGAUGCAUUUGUGUCGUACAGCUCGAAGGAUGAGGCAUUUGUGGCGGAGGAGCUGGCACCCAUGUUGGAAAAUGGUGACCCUUCGUAUAAGCUGUGCUUGCAUUACCGCGACUUUCCCGUGGGUGCGUACAUUGCCGACACAAUCGUCCAAGCAGUGGAAUCAUCACGGAGGACGAUCAUGGUCUUAUCCGAGAAUUUCAUCAAAUCCGAAUGGUGCCGGUUCGAGUUUAAAUCCGCGCAUCAUCAAGUGCUGCGAGAUCGUCGAAGACGAUUAAUUGUGAUCUUGCUGGGAGAGGUCCCUCAAAAAGAUCUCGAUCCUGAUAUUCGCUUAUACUUGAAAACAAACACCUACCUGCAGUGGGGUGACAAGCUCUUCUGGGAGAAACUUCGGUUCGCGUUGCCCGACGUGCCAAACAACCAACGACGAAGACAGCAACAAUCGAUCAAUAUGACUCAUUCCAAUAUUCGAAACAACUACCAGCUCAGUCGAACGCCAAAUAAUAGGAAUAAUACCAAUAACCAGUUGAUCAUGCUCCAGCAGCAGCCACCACAGCCGGACCCCAGACUGAGGCCACCGCAGCAACAGGAGCAUUCUUCGCUCCAGCAGCAACCACUUCCGCUGCCGGGGCUUGCGCAGCAACCGCAGCCGCCACAACUGUUGCAACAUCAACGACAGCAGCAGCAGCAACAACAGCAGGAGCAGCGGGGGGUCGGCAAUGCCUCGCCCCGAACCGUUGGGAUCCACAUAUGACCCCGACCCACUGUGUGAUAGUUGGACCGCUUGUAAAAAUGGUAAACGAACUGAUUAGGUGAAUUUUAGGAAUUUUCCCUUCGAACGCGAAACAAAUGUGAUAUUUAUCGUUAAGUCAUUAUAAAUUAUGAGCCGUACUCGAAGCGAAAUCGACCGAACCGGACGUGUAAAAAGUGACCCCAUAGAUCUAAUGGUCGAAUAGGAACAUUGUAUAAAGAUAAUCAAAAUAAAACAAGGUGCAAUUCUGUUCUAUCGGUCUCUCGUCGAAACCUCAAAACCUCAAAGUCGACAAAAAAAUAGAACAAGUGACAUUAUCAAGCUCCGAAUGAAAGACCCCAACCGAAUGGCUGUCCCCGUUUUACACAGAAGAAGAGAGCAAGAGUGAUGCCGACGGCAAUACGUCGUUCCCCAUAAGCAAGCCGGCAGAGAAGAUUAAUCAAGUUCAAGUUACAUCACAACAGCACUGCAGAAAAAAAAAUCGACAUGUGACCCGACACAAAAAAUAUACCUGCAACGAUGAACACAAAUCAAAUGCAAAUCCAAGUCCCAGUGAAACAAGUUUGUAGAAGUAGUGAAGCCCUAGUGAUUCGAGCGUCGCGCGCGCGUAGAUCGUCAUCCUCUGGGAGCGAAAAUAAUUGUUACAUCGAUCAAGAAGCCCUGGUUCCCAGCCGGUAAUGAGUGGCAUCGUCCUCAAUCUCCGCCCCACCUCGCACCGUAGUGAAGUGAACGAAGAAGCAAACUGGAAACUAUCUGCCCCAUUCUCUCGAACGGGCAGAUGAAGAAGAUCUCGUGACAGCCGGGAAGCCGAUGGUGAAGAAGAAGAAGUGCUGGCGAUCGCCGCCCGAUCGCAAUUUAAUAAUGAUAGUGACAUUCUCCGGAGUCGUUACGCUUUCCUGUGUCACGUCCACCGAGGCCCCCUCCCCCAGUCAUUCGUCGUCCACCCGAAGGGACUUUAUUACACGAUCAUCAGCAUAAUCAACGGUUUAUUAUACAAUACUUGCGUUGUUGCGCGGUGGUGUAGUGAUGCGUUGGGUGCAUACAAACGUCCAGCGCAGCAGAUCAUCGCCGAGGACACCGGGGACCCAAACAGUGAACAAUUACCACACUGCCAGCACCACCAGCAGCAGCAGCACCACCAUCAACAACAGCGAGCAGUGACCAAGCUGCUACCGCAAAGACACCGAGCCCGCUUCGUCGUCGUCGCAGUGACAGCCACAGCUACCAGUUUCCAGGGUCCCAGAGUGGGGCACACGAGGAGCUGCACCGAACUGGACGCCGGCCAGCCAAGCGGCCGUGUUGUGUUCUCCGGCAGCAGUCAGUGCAGUUUAGUUUCUUUCUUCAUUUAUUUUUGCACUUAUUACUGUUAUUAUUUAUAUUCUCCCUGUCCGUGUUUUGUAUCGUCGUCAACACAUCGCAAGCAAGAACUGGUAGGCGCAAAAGAAAACUUUCUUUAAUAUUUGCUCUUUAAUAUAAGCUAAAUUGCACCAGAAACAACUCGAACAACCAACUAGAGUAGAGAACUGCGAUCGUACGAGGGACAAAUAAAAGCAGAAGCUAACCAUUGAAGAGACCGUAUUAAAAUAAUCAUCUUCCCCCUGUUAGCCAGGGGGUUUGAAUCAGAUUUCUAUGAGAAUGACGAGGGAGCGCACUUCUUUUCGAUCCCAAGGCGGAUUGUUGUGAUUUCGCCGCAUUCCGUUACAAUUGCAAACCGAAAUGCCAUCUGUUGCGAAGUCGGAAGUUUGGUACACGAACACGAUCUAAUUCAGCAGCGGGAGCAAUUUAGACCAUUUCGGAAUGCGAAUAAGUUUGUACGGCUUUCCCAGAAUGGUGGCUACAUUUGAUUAUUCCAUUAGACGAAUGCGGUAACUUUAUUAUGCGGCGAAGUGGAGGAAAUAAUGUUGUUAGACAAUCGUAAAUGGAAAUAUUUGCACGAUAAAUCGGCCAAGUGAUUGCACAAAAAGCCGCAAACUGAACCGCGUAGAUAAUGGCAUCAAAAGACUUCAAGCGACGAACCUGCUUUAGGUAAUAUUCUCUGGAUGUAGAUAAUCAAUUGUUCAACUCUUUUCUUUUGAUAAUUAUGCCCAAAUAACGUUAGAUGCAAUUCUAUAUUAAAAGAUUAUGGAAACGAAGAUAAUUCAGACUAGUCAUCGUAUGAUGUACUACUUGCUGGUUCGAUGUAACAUUUAAACCCUCAUUUUGCUCAAGUUUUCAUUUGUAUUACACUCGAAAAAUCAUCACAUGAUUGGCAGUCUGAAAUAUUUUUGUUGUCCCAAUUAAAUAUUAGAAUAUGCCAUAGCGUCUCAGUAUUAAAUACUCAAAAUUUCGUCAAAAAUGUAGGAUAUUAAAUUAUCUAGUCUAGUCAAAGCUGAAUAUUUUAAAACCCAGGACCAAAAUUUGGCGUUAUUGUUUAGGAUUCAUGACGAAGAUAGUGAUAGCGUAUAAGUGGCUAAAUUGCACAAAUCAACAACUCACAUGUAGAGUAUUUUAAGUAAUUGAAACGACUGGAAACACUUAUUCUGCUUCGAUUUAUGGUGGAAUAUAGGCUGUAUAUGUAAAUACUGAACGAAACACAUAACUUUGUACCAUAUUGCAGAAAAAUAUAUGCCCAACGAAUUUUAAAAAAUUAUAAAA